CUUCAGACACCUUCACAGUCUACCCAACCACCACCACACCUCCUCCGACCACUCCGAACCACACGCGCAACCGCUUGCCACGCCAUACCAGAGCCAGAUCCGCCGCCGUCUCCAAAUAGCUUGCAUCCCGAUCUACGGCCUUAGAAUCGCCUGAAAAAGACGCGCGGUUUCUAUAGCAGAUUGCUGCACCACUUCCGCUAGCGACUUUCUGUCAGCUUCAGGUCAGCCGCAUCGCUCGCGGGAGCACCACUGCCGCGCAGGCACCGUCUGGCUUCCUCCGGACAUUCAUACAACCAGAUCACAGGGCGCUGGCACUUAGCACAGCACACAUAACAUUGCAAUGGCGGACGGGCUAGCCAACAAGCUCGAGAAGACGUCACUGAACGAAGCUGCGGAGGGCGAUUGGAAGUCAGGGCUAAAAGCACCUCCGAAAGAUGGCAGACAGCAAACAGAGGAUGUUACAGCGACGAAGGGCCUGGAUUUUGAGGAGUUCUAUCUCAAGCGCGAGCUAUUGAUGGGUAUCUAUGAAGCAGGGUUUGAGAAGCCUUCGCCCAUUCAAGAAGAGACGAUUCCAGUCGCAUUAUCUGGGCGCGAUAUACUUGCACGAGCGAAGAACGGCACAGGCAAGACCGCAGCGUUCGUCAUUCCUACGCUAGAGCGCAUCAACCCCAAGUUGGACAAGAUUCAGGCACUUCUUCUCGUGCCCACCCGAGAAUUGGCACUGCAAACAUCGCAAGUCUGCAAGACGCUUGGCAAGCACCUUGGCAUCAAUGUCAUGGUCACCACUGGUGGAACCGGACUGCGCGAUGACAUUAUACGAUUGAAUGAUCCUGUGCACAUCGUUGUCGGUACGCCUGGACGUAUUUUGGAUCUGGCCGGCAAGGGUGUCGCCGAUUUAUCCGAGGCGAAGACGUUUGUCAUGGACGAGGCUGACAAGCUGCUCUCACCUGAGUUCACUGUAACGAUUGAGCAGCUCCUCAAGUUCCACCCUAAGGACAGACAAGUCAUGUUGUUCUCCGCAACUUUCCCAGUCGUAGUGAAAGACUUCAAAGACAAGCACAUGAAUGAUCCCCACGAGAUCAACUUGAUGGACGAGCUCACUCUGCGUGGUAUCACACAAUAUUACGCAUUCGUUGAGGAGAAGCAAAAGGUCCACUGCCUUAACACACUUUUCAGCAGACUGCAAAUCAACCAGUCUAUCAUCUUCUGCAACAGCACAACUCGUGUCGAGCUGUUAGCCAAGAAGAUCACCGAGCUUGGGUACUCGUGUUUCUACUCGCAUGCGAAGAUGUUGCAGCAGCAUCGUAACCGCGUUUUCCACGAUUUCCGCAACGGCGCAAUGCGCAACCUGGUCUGUUCCGAUCUUCUCACUCGCGGUAUCGAUAUUCAAGCCGUGAAUGUCGUUAUCAAUUUUGACUUCCCCAAGAACGCGGAGACGUAUCUUCACCGUAUCGGUCGAUCCGGACGAUUUGGUCAUCUUGGUCUGGCCAUCAACCUGAUCAACUGGGAAGAUCGCUUCAAUUUGUACCGUAUCGAGCAGGAACUUGGUACUGAGAUUCAACCCAUUCCUGGCACUAUUGACAAGAAAUUGUAUGUAUACGACGCACCAGAGAACAUUCCCCGCCCGAUCAACACUGCGCCGCCACAGCAACAACAGCAGCAGGGGCAACAAGCAGGCAGACAGCAGGGCAGCGGACAGGAUCUGCUCAACCCCGCAAACCGUACCGGAGGCUACCGUGGAGGCCGUGGUGGCGGCUAUGGUCGAGGUCGUGGUGGACCACGAAAUGACCAAAAUGGCUUCCAAGGACAGCAGAGACAAGGUGGCUUCCAGCAGCGACCACCACCACAGCAACAGAUGGCACCGGCGGGUCCACCUUUAGCCCAGGCCUAGUGGCAUUGGACUUUUGGUCGACAAAGCUAGCGCAAUCUGUAGGAGUAGGAAAGGCGUUUGGGUGGGAGUGCCGCCAGAAAGGGAGGCAUGCGGUAUGUUGGCCGGCGUGCCGACGGGCGUUUUUCUUAAUGGGCAUGACUUGAUGAUAUUCCGGUUCUUAUGCUCCGGAUUGACGUUUACCACGAAGCGGUUGUUGCAUGGCCUGCACGAUUUGGCCAAAGACGACUGCAGCGCUACACUCUUUUUCUGGCCUCGACUCUUCCGACACUUUGAACCUCAAGCACUACUACAGACCUGGCAGUUUUGCUAUGGACAGUUCUCAUCUCAUCUCUCAGCACGAUUCGACACCGACAUUUUAUGAGGUAUCAAUACACGACAUUCUCAGUUCUGCCGACCCACAGAACUUUUCGACUACACUGGAUACAGCGACUGCCAUUGGAUGUUGCUGUCAGAUUCCAGAAAUCACUGGUAACUCCGGGACUAGUCCUCUGACUUGGACGAGGCUACCUUCCCGCACCAAUUAUGUCUGAGUGCGACAGUUUCAGCUCAGCAGACCACGUUGAUCACAUUUUCUUCACUCGCUCAGAAGAUGCCGGAUCAGUUCAGAUAAAACCAUGUUUUCUUCAACACGCGUGCGGCCACGAACAUGAAGCACGGCAAACCUCAGCUUUUGCACAACGAGGGAGAUGGCAGAUGUCUGGAAGAAAGAGAAAUUGCGCAGAAAACACUUUGGGAGGAUCCUAUGAUGCGCCACGAUACUCGAUAGAGCGCUCAAUGAUAAGC